CUGCUCACCUCCUCUCGCAGCGCUGCGAGCGGCCCUGUGCCGUGCAGAGGCCGGGUGCGGGUUGUGGUGGGGCAUUGAGAAGCGCCCGGCGCGCUGCCUUUGUCUGCCUCCGGCAGCUCUGAGGGACCGGCAUCCCAUCCCUCUCGUCUUACGUUGCUUAUUUUAGCCUUUUUUUAAACUUACGUAUUUCUGUCCGCAUAAAGACUCUCGUUGAAAGCUUUGAUUUAGAUUUUUUUUUUUUACUUGUUUUUUUGCGGUUGUUUUUCCCUCUAUUCAAAUACCUGCACUGAGUGAACUAAUAAAGAUGGAUAAGAAAUCAUUUGAAACCGUGCUGGAUGAAAUUAGAAAGGCUGUAUUGACUGAGUACAAAUUAAAAGCUAUUGAAUAUGUUCAUGGAUACUUCUCUAGUGAACAGGUUGUUGAGUUACUGAGAUAUUUCUCCUGGGCUGAACCACAGCUGAAGGCAAUAAAGGCUUUGCAACAUAAAAUAGUGGCAGUCCCGGCAUCAAAAAUGGUUAAUAUUCUCAACUGUUUCACAUUCAGUAAAGAUAAACUUAUUGCUCUUGAAAUCUUGGCAUCCAACAUUGUUGAUGCUCAGAAUUACCGCCUUAUCGAAGAUCUGUUCAGAAUUAAUAUGUCAGAGAAGAAAAGGUGCAGAAGAAUUCUUGAGCAGGCUUCAAAAACGGGUUGUAAGGCUCCUCAUGCUAUGAUAUCAUCUUGUGGCAUGAUUCCUGGCAACCCUUAUCCCAAGGGCAAACCAAGCCGUAUAAAUGGGAUUUUUCCAGGAACCCCCAUCAAAAAGGAUACAGAAGAAUGUACGAGUGAAGGAAAAGGAAUAGCAGCCCGUAUACUUGGCCCAUCCAAACCAGCUCCAUCAACCUACAAUCCACACAAGCCUGUUCCAUACCCCAUCCCACCAUGUCGGCCACAUGCAACUAUCGCACCAAGUGCUUACAACAAUGCUGGCUUAGUUCCAAUGGCUAAUGUCAUAGCUCCAGGCUUACCAGCUCCUUCAACAUACACUACUAAUCAAGGGGUAUCAGAAAAUGAAGACCUUUCCAGCCAGGCAAAACCUUCCCAAAAUCAAGCUUUUUCUGCACAAACGAAUCAGCUCUUUACUCCUCAUGGUUCUAAUCCUUCAACACCUGCUGCUACUCCAGUCCCUACCCCAUCACCUGUCAAAGCAAUAAGCCAUCCAUUAGCACCUGCAACUCCACUCAUCUCUGGGAUGAACAUGUCUACCCCUGUCCUUCCUGUUUUCCCGGGACAGGUCUCCUCCUCCAUCCAUACAUCUCAGCCAUCCACACCAACUCCUACAGUCAUCAAAUCCCUUUCAUUACCUGGUGUCCCUGUCACAUCUGUACACAGUGCAACCUCUACUCCCAUCCCUGCGGUUUUCUCUGGGCUCGCUUCUAUACCCUCUGCUACACCAGCUCCACAAGGCUCUUCCACUCCGUGUGCUACACCUGCACCUAGUGAAGCUUUUGCAUCUGCUACUACACCAUUUGCUGGUCUCCCUUUUUCUGCAGCCUCUUCAGUUGCUUCAGCUAGUAAUCCCACUCCAUUGUCAUCAGUUUUUGCUGGACUUCCUCUGUCCUUGCCACCCAGUGUCCAAGGGAUUUCUAGUCCUGUUCCCUCAACAAUUGCUAAUUCUCCUGCCACCACCAUUCCUGGUUCACUUAGCUUGCCUAACCCUAUUUUGUCUGUCUUAAAGGGAUUUCUGACAUCAAAUGACACUUCAUUAAUCAAUUCAUCUGCUUUACCUUCUGCUAUGACAAGUGAACUUGCUUCUUUAUCUGCUCUUGCUAAUCAAAGCUCUGACCCUCCCACGUCCUCUGUCAAAUGUUAUACUCCAUCAGCCACCCCCACCUCACAGCGUUCCUCCACGCCCGGGCUGGCCAUUUUUCCAGGUCUUCCAUCCCCAUCUGUGACCAACUCUAGUUCCACUCCUCCAACAUUGCCUGCACAGUCACCUUUAACCACUUCACCAUCAGUUAUGCCAGUCAACUGUGGCUCAUCAGCCUCCCUCUUGCAUGGCACAAGCCCUACUAAUCCCGACCAGCAACUCUCAUCAACCCCAGUUGCCACAAGUAUCCCACAAGUUCUGAUCAAAACAGAACCCAUGAGUCCUACCCUCUCAGCCUUCAAAGGUCCUUCUCACUCAGCUGGCCCUUCUCAUGGCACUAUAGGGCUCUCAGCGCUCGGGCGUGCGUACACCUCAGCAGCGUCAGUGCCAGUCAGUUUACCCAGCUCCCUGAAUCCAGCACUAUCGGGUCUCUCCUCUUUGAGUGCUCCUCUAAACAACCCCAAUUCUCUGGCUUCCAUUUCCCUCGCCCCACAUGGCUCCACCGCUCCCAUUGCCCCUGUAUUUAAUGGACUUCCUCCUUUCACAUCUCUAACCAGUAACUUUGCUUUUACUGGUAAUCCAGCACUUACACCACCCGUCACUCUCCCAGGGUCUUUGUUAGCUACUCCAGCUACUACUGCUUCAGCUGUGUCUGCCCCUCAUGUGAAUUCCACAGCCGCCGUACUCUCAGGACUCGCCGCCUCAGCAACAGUCUCUGCUCCACCCUUUUCGCUUAACUUGUCCAGUGCCGUCCCUUCUUUUUCUGUUGCCCAGGGACCUCUGGGAUCAUCAAACCCAUCCUUCCCUGGUUUUCCUGUCUCUAACACACCCUCUGUCACUCCUGCUCUCCCUUCUUUCCCUGGCCUCCAGGCAUCCUCUGCAGUAGCAGCAGUUGCACCGUUGCCGGCAGCUGCCACAGCCCCAUCUCCGGCUCCGGUCCUGCCAGGGUUUGCCUCGGCCUUUAGCUCAAACUUCAACUCUGCACUUGUUGCACAGGCUGGCUUGACUUCUGGACUGCAGACACCAGGAAAUGCAGUUUUUCCUGGUCUUUUAUCUCUCCCUGGUAUCCCUGGCUUUCCCCAAAGUGCCGCACAGUCUUCCUUACAGGAAUUGCAGCAUAGUGCGGCUGCACAGUCAGCACUGCUACAGGCACAUUCUGCUUCUGCUCUGGAGAACUAUACAGCUCAGCCUGAAGGUUUUGCUAACUAUCCAUCAACACCAGGAACGCCAUUUUCAUUGCAGACAAGUCUGCCCCAGAGUGGAUGGCAAUAAAUACCAGACAUUUUUAAAGACUGCAGUGGUUGCUUGACAGAGCCUGGUCCUAUUCACUUUGAAGGCUGUCUCCACUUUAGUGAGAGCGCUCUGCUUGAGUGGGAGCAUGGUUUGAACUGGGGAAGGAGGGGAAACUCUGAGGAUAAAAUGAUUCCAGGCAAUUGUAUCAGACAUCAAACUUAGAUUGUGAUUGAAUUUUAUUGAUUCAGGGUCUGAUCCUGCAAGUUGCUGAGCAUCCUUGACUCUCUUUGUAGUUUAUAAAUCGGAAUGUUUGGUUUCUUCCAGGAUCAGGAGCAUUCAAACAGAUGUUUGUGUAAAUAGAGCAAUUGGCUAACAAAUCAAAUGGGGAGAACAAGUAUACUUAGUUGUGUGUGUAAGCACCUAUUCUUCUGUUACAUUUUGUGUGCUAUAUGUGGUUAAUGUAGAAUAAGACCUAGAAUGAAAUUAGAUAAUUAAAGCUGUAGAUGAUCUUUAGAUGCACACCUUUGUGUGUGCAUAGAUCAAGAUCAGUUUAUGGUUCUUCAGACCUUCUACCAUUAUGUCUGAGGAUCUCCUGUUAGCAUCGAUAGUAUGGUAAGGGGAGAUCAGAGGGGCUUGGGAGUAUUUUUACACUUUGAAUUAUUGUCAUGGGCUUGCUGCUGAAUUGUGUACUCUGUCAGAAUCAGAAGGAGAGGACUAGGAAAUGAUAAUGUAUUUGGAUAGAAGUGGAUUAUGUCUUACUGGAGUAUGGUUUAGCUAGCUGGAAAUAUGUCUUUCCAAAGUCCAUAAAAAGCCUUUUAAUUUGCAUCUAAAAUAGUGUUCCAUGACAUUUCCCCUGCCCUCACACCUCUCUGUGGAUGAAAUUAUUGUACUGCGGAUAGAUUGCCUAUCCGGCACUUUUGACUGCAGACUUCUGUGAAUGUUUACAGACAUGGGUCAAGUUCUUCUUUCCCUUGUAUUUACAGGCCCACUGGUUUUUGUUUGGUUGGCUAUAAACCACAAUUUGAUGGUGCUUACAAGUUAUCCUGUGAAUAUAAGUGGGAGCAGAAUUUGGACCAUGGGAUUUUUAGUAUUUUUCCUUGGAAAACGUACAUGAUUUUAAAGGCAUAUAGCUAAAUUAACUGUAUUGGUUAGGGAGGGUUAUGAUGCAGUAUAUAGAAAGGUCUUGCUUUGUUAGUGAAAUUCGGUUGUGCACUCCUCUAAUAAUGUUAGUACCUGCGGCAAUGUGUAACACAUCAUUGAAUAUCAUCUAUUUAAAGUAAACUCUCAAUCGUGUCAAUAGAGAUGAAUGAUAUUCAAUCCUGUGAUUAAAUUAAAAUGUAGAGGAUAUGAUGCUGUAGAAAAGCUCUGCACCUAGAGUUUUACUUUUUUAAAAAUGAAUUCUGCUGGGAGAUGUUGCUAAUGUAUUUUCUUUCAAGAUGUGAACAAACUUUUUUAGAACAUUAAUGGAAAUUCAUGUACUGGUUUUUAACACAAUUUUUUUAAAUAAAAAGUUUACAGUCAUGGCAAAAAGGCUUUGCUGACUAUUUACCUAUUUGCUUAAAAUAUAGAUGAAUAAACUUGUUUUUACUAAGACACUUUCUAAUGUUUGAUCCUACUUACGCAGGUUUGCGUAAAUUGAUGCUGAAUUAUCUAUAGAAAUAUAAAAUAGGUUUCCUAAAGAGUGAUAAUAGAAGUACUCUAUGAAGUUUCGUUUAGAUAGAAAAUGUAAGUAGUGUCCUACACACUUUGUCAGUAUUGGGCUAGUCUUGCAUUUUCAUAAUCAGAUUUACAUAUUAUUUUAAAGUAUGUUGCACAUUCACAUUUUUUAUUUCGUGAAAGCGGGUGAUUUCACAAUGAGGUGCUAGUUUGAUCUCUGGGUUGAGCCCUACUUUCCUAACCAACCAAGCAAUCCAAUAAAAAGCUUAAGCUAGCUUAGUUCACCUUGUAGUCAAAACCAGGUGUCAAACAUCAGCCUUUAUGUAAUGUUUCAUCAUAUGUAAGUAGUUCCUGUGUCAGUUUUUGGAAGCAUGUAUUGAGUGGUUAUGGAUUAUGUGUUUGUGGUGAGCUUUUUCCUGUUUGAACUUGAAACAUCUCAAGCGUAUAUAUAAGAGACCGCGAAGCUUUGUUUCUCCAAAUUAAGUCAGGUGAGAACUAGUGAAAUUUUCACUGUUUGAAAAGUCUUUUUUUCCUGAAACACUGUACUUCAUAAGUGGGGCCUACCUACUGGGAAAUGUCCUUUACCAAGGGAAGAGUUUUCCAUGCGCAGCUGGAGUCGUGUCAGAUAGAAGCUUGUCAUCAGUCUCAGACAAGUACACAAAUUGGUUAAAACGCAUUAAACUAUCAACAGUUCCUCUCUAUAAUGGGCUCUCUUUUUUACUGAAUCAUGUUGAAUAGGACAUUGUGCAUGGAAGUUUUCAAUGGUUAGGAUUAAGGUAAGUUUCAUUUCAUUAAAAAGUCUCUCCUGAUGUAAAAUUGUUUUUUAUUAAUUUUUCUCCUCAGGAAUAAAGUCAGUGUUCUGCAUUGCAGCUUGAAGCCAACUCCUGUAACCCAACCAUGGAAUUUCUGAAGAGGAUUAUUUGUCCUGAGCUCUUUCAUACUUACUUGAGCACCAUGUUUAAAGACCCAGGGAAAAGUCCGCUCCUGAGGCAAACGAUGCCAGAUCAUACACUGAAAUUGUCUUUGGAAAGGACUGUUGCUGUGUGACUCGAGUCUGGACUAAUUAUGGUUUGAUUGUUCAGUUGCUGAUUACUGCUGUAUUUCAGCUAUGCUGAGAGACUACAAAGUCAGGUGCAGUGAAAUGUUAUUUGAAAUAAAAAUCUUUAUUCACAACAACAAA